CUGGGAUGAGAGCAGCAGUAUCAGCAGCGGGCUCAGCGAUGCCUCGGACAACCUCAGUUCUGAAGAGUUCAACGCCAGCUCCUCCCUCAAUUCCCUCCCCACCACCCCCACCGCUUCUCGAAGGAACUCAACUGUAGUGUUACGCACAGACUCAGAAAAGCGAUCCCUGGUGGAGAGUGGGCUAAGCUGGUUCAGUGAGUCAGAGGAGAAAGCCCCGAAGAAACUGGAAUACGAUAGUGGCAGCCUUAAGAUGGAGCCUGGGACCUCCAAGUGGAGGCGCGAACGACCAGAGAGCUGUGAUGAGACCUCUAAGGGUGGAGAGCUGAAGAAACCUAUCAGCCUAGGACCCCCAGGGUCCCUGAAGAAGGGCAAGACCCCUCCAGUGGCUGUCACCUCACCCAUCACCCACACAGCCCAGAGUGCCCUCAAAGUAGCAGGAAAACCUGAAGGGAAGGCCACAGACAAGGGCAAACUCUCAGUGAAGAAUACUGGACUGCAGCGCUCUUCUUCAGAUGCUGGCCGGGACCGCCUCGCAGAUGCCAAGAAGCCCCCCUCAGGCAUUGCCCGACCCUCCACCUCAGGCUCCUUUGGCUACAAGAAGCCUCCCCCAGCCACAGGCACAGCCACUGUCAUGCAGGCAGGUGGUUCGGCCACCCUAAGUAAGAUCCAGAAGUCAUCAGGCAUCCCAGUCAAGCCAGUGAAUGGGCGUAAGACCAGCCUGGAUGUCUCCAAUACCGCCGAGCCCGGAUUCAUGGCUCCUGGGGCCCGUACCAACAUCCAAUACCGCAGUCUGCCCCGACCAGCCAAGUCCAGCUCCAUGAGUGUGACAGGCAGGGGCGGACCACGUCCCGUGAGUAGCAGCAUCGAUCCCAGUCUCCUCAGUACCAAGCAAGGUGGUCUCUCAACCUCAAGGCUGAAGGAACCUUCCAAGGUUGCUGGGGGUCGGACUACUCCUGCCCCAGUAAACCAGACAGACAGGGAAAAGGAGAAAGCCAAAGCCAAGGCAGUGGCCCUGGACCCUGACAAUGUUUCCUUGAAGAGCAUCGGCUCACCAGAGAGCACCCCUAAGAAUCAAGGGAGCCACCCUCCAGCUGCCAAGAUUGCAGAGCUGCCACCAACCCCACUCAGGGCCACAUCCAAGAGCUUUGUUAAGCCUCCCUCUUUGGCCAACUUGGACAAGGUCAACUCCAACAGUCUGGACCUACCAACCUCCAGUGAAGUCCAUGCCCCUAAGAUCCCGGAUCUGCAUCCUCCAAGCUCAGCAGCGGGUGGUCCUCUCCCCACUUGCUUUGCUCCCAGCCCAGCACCCAUCCUCAACAUUAACUCAGCCAGCUUCUCUCAGGGCCUGGAGCUUAUGAGCGGCUUCAACGUCCCCAAGGAACCCCGCAUGUACCCUAAGCUCUCUGGCUUGCACAGAAGUAUGGAGUCACUACAGAUGCCAAUGAGCCUGCCCAGUGCCUUCCCCAGCAGUACCCCUGCCCCCACCACACCUGUACCCCCUGCUGCACCCCCAGAGGAAGAAGCAGGGGAGCUGACUUGGAGUGGGAGCCCAAGAGCCGGGCAGUUGGAAAGUAAUCAGCGAGAUCGGAACACGCUUCCCAAGAAGGGGCUCAGGUAACCCCAGACAUGAUUUUCUCUUUUCUUCUCCUAAGGCCCUUUUGCCUUCAUUCCUAACAGUUCCUUUCAUUCUCCCUCCCCUACCUUUGCUAGUUUAGUGACCCAAUGUCUAGGCAACACAUGAGUUAUGAGUCAGCCCUAUAUAAAGUAAGUAAGAGAAAAAAACGAGUUUCUGCAGGAAAACAGUGAUUUGCACUUAGUAGGUGACUAAUAAAUGUUUAUCAUGUUAAAUUGGAACAAUAAACACACCCUUCUGCCUUAUUCCAUCUCAUGUUAUUCUGGGAGAAUUGUAUCUUUGGAAAUCCCUUCUCCUUAGACCCUGUGAACAAGGAAAACAUUCAACUAUCAGGCAUAAUUUAGAUAGCCUUAAAAGAGCAUCUUAUGUUACCAAAGCCAUUGCAGAUCUGCUGGUGAGCCAGUAGUUAUAGCCAUAGAGUUAUCUAGUCUGAAGUGGCAUGUUUUGGUGGGAAAAAAAUAUUGGAUUUACAAUUGGGAAACAUGAGCUUCAGUUUCCAUUUCCACAAAAUGAGAAUAGUAUUCUAACUAACCUCCAAGGCUGUUGUGAGGA